AUGGCUUCAACACCAAUGGAUAUCGACGAUUUACCCCCUGCCACGGCGCCAUCACUCAACAUCACCCGUACGCUUGGCGCAAGCAAUGUGCCCAGCACGACGGCUGUCAGUGACGUGAUCUCGGCAUUCAGACCAACAAAGCUGUUCCAAAGAGACGAUAUCAAGGAGGGCAAACCACAGCCGUAUAUAUUAUCAAUCGAUUUCGACGACCCGGGCGAACUGUGCAUGACCUCGGAGAGCGAUGAGACCAUACAGAUUUACAACGUCAAGGACGGCCGGCAUGACAAGAGCUUGCUGAGCAAGAAGUACGGUGUCAAACUCGCAAAGUUCACGCAUACCAGCUCGAGUAUCAUCUAUGCCAGCACCAAGCAGAACGACGCCAUCCGAUACCUUGCGACCCAUGAUAAUUCCUUUAUCCGCUACUUCGAAGGCCAUGAGGGCGCAGUCACAGAUUUAGCGCUGCACCCCGGUGCGGACAAUUUCAUCUCCUGCAGUGUCGACAACACGGCGCUGAUAUGGAACAUUGGGACGAAGCAGUGGACCGGCAAGCUGUUCCUGAACACGCCCUACCUUUCGGCCUGGGAUCCAUCGGGCAAUGCAUUCGCCAUCGCCUCCCCUUCCAGCGGGAGCGUUCUGCUCUACGACUAUCGCAACUACGAGAAGGGGCCGUUUUCCGUCUUCGAUGUGUUGAAGGCCCGAGGGCCGGCGGACCCAGAGGGUGCCUUCAGAGGGUGGACGAAGCUCGAGUUCUCCAACGACGGGAAACACCUACUCCUAGGAUCGCGUGGUGACGGCCACUUCCUCCUAGACUCUUUCGACGGAAGUCUGAAAGCGUACUUGAAGAAACCGGGUGCCAGCACAAGGCGGCUGGCUGCGGGCGAAGCAGAUGGAGGAAACGUGGAGGGCAGCGGCGAGUGUUGCUUUGCUCCGGACGGCCGAUACGUGCUGAGCGGAGCGAAAUCGGAUCUUCUUGUUUGGGACACGCUGGCGACGCCCGGAACGGACAAGGUUCUUGAACCGGCGCAUGUCCUGGAGGAGAAGCGGGAGGCAGCCGUGGUGGCAUACAACCCGCGGUACAACAUGAUUGCCACAGGAGACCAGGAGCUCGUGUUUUGGCUACCUGAUCCCAACUUGUAG